GAUGAAAACGAUCAUUUUCAACAGUUUGACAUGUUUCUUUCAUUUAUUUUUAAUUAAUUUAAUGAUAUUUUCUUCGGUUUUAUGUAUUGACGAUUCAAUCGAGUCAGAGGGCAAUGAUCGCUUUAAAAUUGAGGGUAAGGUGACGAUGACCGAUGCUCGAAAUUCGGACUGGAUUGGAGUAACUCGUGUUCUUGUCGACGGCGGAGAUUAUGUGGGAUAUAUAAGAAGUGAUGGUACCUUUGUUGUCAACGACUUACCAUCUGGAACAUAUGUUGUAGAGGUGUCACAUCCAGAUUAUAUUUUUGAAUCAGCUAGAGUUGACAUUACAGCAAGGGGAAAGAUGAGGGCUAGAAGAGUCAACUAUUUACAACCUUCCUUAGUUAAAACAAUGUCAUAUCCACUGGACUUUAAAGACCGACAGAAGGCUAAAUAUUUUCAAACACGAGAACAGUGGAGAAUCACAGACUUUUUAAUGAAUCCUAUGGUCCUAACAAUGGUUUUACCUUUGCUCCUGAUAAUGGUUUUGCCCAAAUUAAUGAAUGCUGCAGACCCAGAAGCACAGAAGGAGAUGCAGUCACAGAUGAAGGCCUUCAAUGACAAAUCAACAGUGCCUGACAUAUCAGAAAUGCUGGCUAGCUGGUUCCCAAGUACUGAUAACAAGAAAUCAAAACAUAACAAACUCAAAAAGAAGUAGACUCUGGGAAAGUGUUUAUAAGGAUGUUUGUAUUUUAUGUGGUCAGAGAGAAUGUAGAAAAUGUGAAGUUACAAAGUGUGUAUAGAAUGUGUUGCAUUAAAUUUGAUUUUAUUUCAAAAAGAGAUGAAGUGUAUUUUGAUUCAUGGAUAUAUAUAGAUGGAAAUGUUGACACUUAUUCUAACAGUCAUUAAAAUGAAAAGUAUUCAUUGUCUUUAUCCCCAUGUUUUCAUAUUUGUUGAAGAUAAAUGUUGUACCCUAAAUUCCUGGUUUAUUACCGUUUUUAGAGACACUUUAGUAGGUAGAGUAGACUUAUGUUUAAAAAAAAUCAUUUCAUGUCCAUCAGCAUCAUAUGCUCAAAUAAGCACAUAUGAAGAAUAUCUAUAUUCCUGCUUUCCAGAGCACAGAAAGAAAUAUGUACAUGUAGAACUCCAAUAUAUUUAUUUUAUACUUAUAAUGUAAACAAAUCAUUACAUAAUUAUUUUUUAGUAAGUACUGCAGGGUCAUAUAUUGUUGGUACAUGUAUAAAGCAGGCGGAUAUACAUGAACUAGAAUUAUUUAUAAAUAUUUUCAUUUAGUGUUACAAAUGAUCUCAAAUCUACAGAUAUUGUACAUGCUUGAAAUGUUGGUCUUUUUAUUGCUUAAGGAAAAAUCAGUUUUAUUGCGUAGGGAAAAAAAAGCAUAAACAUGUUCGCAAAUAAGCGUUUAAAAUUUUACAUAGCACUUACAUUAAAAAUAAACUACAAGCAUUUGUAGUGUAAGUUACAUGCAAUAAAUAUUCACUAUUUUACAA